AUGGAGUGCUGCCUGGGCCAUCGAUUCUUCCUAGCCGGACCCCAGCGCGCCAUGGUGGGCCUGAUGCAGGGCUGUGAUGUGCGUCGCGCCGUCUCCUCCCUCCUCUCCCGUGAUCUGCCCAUCUACAUGCCCUGUCGCUGCUCCAAGGCCACAGCAUCCGAAAAUGCGGCGAUCGCCGGCGGAGAGAAGGAGGCGACAACAGCAGAAGACGUUGGACGUGGAUCAACCCAAAAGCUCCAGGACCCUGCUGCAGGAGGGAAGUCUACCGACGGAGCGCGGCGAAAACCCUGA